AAUAAGCUCGAGAUCAUUUAUCUGCUCCCAUUUUGGUUAAGAGUAAGUCAAAAGACAUCAAUUUGGUCUUCAAAAACAUGUUCCGAUUUGCCUUGAUCCUCGCCGUUGUGGCCGUUUCGGUCCAAGGCAAGACCCGAAUCCAUCGUCUCCCCGAGAAGUUGGCUCGUCUGCCCCAAUUCCGAGGCACCGUCGACGAGAAGAUCGUUGGAGGUGAUGAGGUCGAGCCCAACUCUAUUCCCUUCCAGGUGUCCCUGCAACAGAAGAUGUUUGGCAACUUCCAUUUCUGCGGAGGUUCCGUCAUUGACGCCACCCACGUUUUGACCGCUGCUCAUUGUUGCCAAGGCCUGGAUGUGUCCGACACCCAAGUGGUUGCUGGUGAGCACGAUCUGUCCCAGACCUCUGGUGACGAACAGGAAGUGGAUGUGGCCUCCUAUGAACAACAUCCCGACUAUCUGAGCAGCGAGUUCUCCAGUGAUGUGUGCUUGUUGACUUUGGCUUCGUCAUUGGAGUUGAACGGUUUGGUGGCCGGUGCUGAUUUGCCCAGCCAAGGCCAAGAAUUCACCGGUGAUGCUGUCGUCUCUGGAUGGGGUACCCUGAGCUCCGGUGGCGGUUCUCCUGACACUCUUAUGUCUGUCACCGUGCCAAUUGUGUCCAAUGAUGAAUGCGGUGAUGCCUACAUUUUGGAGACCGUGGACGAGACCAUGAUCUGCGCUGGUGAGGAGGGUAAGGACUCUUGCCAAGGAGACUCUGGUGGACCUCUGACCUGCGGUGGAACCCACUGCGGUGUGGUGUCCUGGGGAUACGGAUGUGCUAUGGCUGGAUACCCCGGUGUCUACGCCCGUACCUCUGCUUUUGCCGAUUGGGUGGCCGAGAACACUGCUUAAAUCAGUUGAUACGAGUUUUAUGAGAAUAUAACUGCCUAUUGACCGCAAAAAAAGUAAUCUGACCUAGUUU